AUGGCUCAUUUACGUCCUGAAGAAUCACAUUCUAGUCCAUAUUUCUUACAUCCUAAUGAAAAUCCCUCAUUGAUGUUAGUUGCAACUCCUUUGAAUGGUCAGAAUUAUUAUGCUUCGUCAAGAGCUAUGAGAAUGGCUCUAAUAUCUAAAAACAAAAUAAAAUUUGUUGAUGGCUCAAUCAUUGUUCCUUCAGUUGAUGAUCCACUAUGUCCAGCAUGGAAGAGGUGUAACACAAUGGUGCUUUCUCGGCUUGUUCAGUCACUUGCUGCAACUAUUUCACAAAGUGUCAUUUCACUUGAUUCUGCUUAUGAGAUCUGGAAUGAUCUCAAGGAUCGUUUUUCUCAAAAGGAUCAUGUCAGAGUUUCUGAUCUGCAACAGGAAUUAUACUCCCUCAGGCAAGGUUCUCUUUCUGUAACUGAAUAUUUCACUCACCUCAAAAUAUUGUGGGAUGAAUUUGUUAGUUUACGACCUAUGCCUGUCUGUUCCUGUGCUCCAAAAUGUUCCUGUGAUGGAUACUUAAAGAUGAAGUCAUAUUAUGAUAAUGACUAUACCCUGCGCUUUAUCAGAGGUCUCAAUGAGACAUACUCUAACAUCAAAUCACAGAUGUUUAUGUUGGAUCCCUUACCAAAAAUUAAUAAAGUCUUUGGACUAGUAAUUCAACAGGAAAGACAGUCUGCAGUUCCUCUUUUGCCAACACCAACUGAAACCUCAGUUUUCUAUAGCAAUGCUAGAGCUGGUCCUUAUAAGCCAAAUUUUAAUAAUUCUAGAAGUCCUAGCACUUUCAACAGUCAAAGAAAAUUCUAUCCUACAAAGUUCAAUAUGAAUAACAAUUUGCUAGAGUGUGCAUUUUUUGGAGCGUCUGGUCACUCAAUUGACAGAUGCUUUAAGAAGCAUGGAUACCCUCCAGGACAUCCAGGUUUUAGACCUCAAGGAAAGCAAGUUAUCAGCUCAGCAAAUAUGGCAGAGGGACAAUAUUGUACAGAAUCUUAUCAGAAUAAUUCAGAAUUUCAUAAUUCUGAUAAUGAUCAGUAUGAUAUGCCAAGCUCAUAUGAUGAAACUAUGCAGCAUAAUCAGCAAAAUAUGGUGAAUCUGUCUUUUACUCCAGAUCAGUAUAUGAAAAUUUUGGCAUUAAUACAGCCAUCUACUGCUCAGAAUCCCAGCUCUCAGAUUCAUGCCCCAUCCAGCUCUCAGAUUCAUGCCCCACCUAACAACAAUGCAUUGCAAGCUCAAUUUGAUGCUGCUAACACAGCUAAAAUUUCAGGUAUUACACUCUAUACCUCUACUGUUGCCAAUGUUACUACAGACCAGUCUUUAUGGUUCUUAGACUCUGGGGCUACUGACCACAUUAUAUGUUCAUCUACCUAUUACACAUCAUGUGCUGCUAUUUCUAAUUAG